AUCAUGGAGAUUAGGACAACGGAACUUUUGUGGAAAGUAUCAAAACUACCUCAGCUUACACAUGUUCGCGUUGGCUUAUCUAGAAACUUCUCAAGAAUCCUAAAUAUUGGAACAUCAGCGCUGAUUAGUGGAAUAAUUGGUGCUACAAUCAACCCUAUUGGACUAGUAAUUGGAGCCAUAAUUGGAGGAGGAUCAGCAGCUUACUUUACGAAAGAAAAAUCUCAAUCAAUUCCUGACUUAAUUAUGAUGAAAUUCACAGAAAAUCAAAAAUGUGAGCUUGCUGUACGAAUCCGUAGAAGCCUACAGUCGAUUAAAUUACUAACUAGCGAUGAUUUUGAAUUCUUGGUCGCUCAAAACCCAGGUCUCUCCAAAGUUGUAGCUGAGACUGUAACUGAUUACAUAGAAUCCCAAAAUAUGAAAGUUAUGAAUUUCAGUAUGACACAAGUCUGAUAACUACACCCAUGGGACAAUUUAAUUGAAAAAUCAGAAGGUAUACUAAGUUAAUAGAUAUUUAUAAAAGUGAAAUCGUUUUCCGAGACGCACACAACGAAUUGUCUGAAUUUUUCAUUUCCGAGUGAAUUUAAUGGAAUAUGCAUCAUAUUCUAUUUAAACCUUAAACAUAUGCUGUAAGAUCUAAAUCGAACAGACGAAUAGCAUUGAUUUUAUUAUUUUUAAGUUUUGUACUAGCUAAUGAGUCACUUUAGUUGUAAAUACUAUUAAUCACGUAACUUGCUUUACAUGUAUUAUACAUAUACAACAUGAAUAUUAUGAUAUGCACCAUUUGUACAGUAUACAUGAGUUUUAGUGCAAGUGUAAAAUAGUAGGAGAAUGUUAUAUAUUUUUAUGGCCCUGUAAUUUCACACGUGUUAUAUAGCUUUUAUAGCCGCGUGCUAUAAAAUUGAACAAAAAUUUCCAUUGUUAAAAUUGACUGAAUCAUUUCAAUCACGAAUUGGAUAUUGAGUAGUUAGUUUCUCUCAUCUCAAUACAAUUUUUACCAGAUAUAUGUAUAAAAUAUACAUCACAUACCACUAAAAAGUAUUUUAUCACAUUUUACAUGUAUAAUAGAAAAUAAGAGUAUGUAUAUCCAUCAUAUCUAUACCUGUAUGAUAAUUGUAAAGGUUAGAAUUUUAUACGAUAUAUAUAAUAAUCUACCGUAGUAACUUAAUCAACAAUAUUUAGUCGUGAAAAAGAGUGUCUAACCAUAAACUGAUUGUAAUACUUACUCAUUUAUUGGAAACAAAUUUCAAUUUUUUACCAUUCAGCAAAGUGUUGAUUUUUUUCAUAUACUUUCGAUCCAAAAAAAAUCUUAGUAUCCUCAAAUAAAAUAACUGUCUUACAAAUAAA